AGGAAACCGCAAGACUUCAUAUCAGCUGCUGCUGCUCUUGUUGCUGAUUGCAGGUGCUGCUUUUCUUGGCAUUUUCACAGCUGGAACAUCCUUGCUGCUGCUUUCCUGGAUGCUGUUAGCUGCCUGACCUGGAUUGUCCCUGACAGCUCCCUGCUCUGGACACUACUAGCUUCACUAUGCAACCCCACUCCUGCUAGCUUUAUUCUCUGGACUGUCCUAUUGGUUGCCUGUGUUGGAUACUACUGGACUUUGCAUGCUCUGCACUAUACCUGUAACCUGCCUUAGAGCCUUAUUCUGGCUCCUCUCUGUCUGUGUCUCUGCUUCAAAGCCUCCUUUCCCAGGUAAGCAUGAGAUUUGCAUGGAGGUGCCGAGACUGAGUUGCAUUCAAGAAGAUGCCCAACUCUUCCUGGAGUGCCAGCUCCUCUCUGCUGCUGCUGUGUGAAGAGUCCUCAGGGACCAGGAUCUCUUUGUCUCUUCUGUACUCCUUGUUAGCAAUAUCAGGGACCUUAUCCAAUGUGAUGGUUAUUUAUUUAGUCUUCUCCUUCAAGAAGCUACAGACAACCAGCAAUGCUUUCAUUGUGAAUGGCUGUGCUGCUGACCUGAGCGUCUGUGCCCUCUGGAUGCCACAGGAGGCGGUGCUGUGGCUGCUACCACCAAACUCCCCUUCUGCCCACUCAACAGGAUACCGGCUGCUCCGGGGGGCGCUCCUGGGCCUUGGCCUCACUGUCUCCCUGGUCUCUCACCUUCUGGUAGCGCUCAACAGGUAUGUGCUCAUCACUAAAGCACCCAGUACUUACCAAGCAAUCUACCAGCGGAGACAUGUAGGGUGGAUGAUUGGACUGUCCUGGGGCCUUGCCUUGCUCUUGGUCCUGCUGCUGCCCAGGCUUUGGACACAGUGGCCUUCACAGCAGUCACCCCAGGGGCACAGUAGCAGCAGUGUGCACUAUACUGCCCUGCUGGUACCUCUGGCCAUGCUCAGCCAGACAGCACUGCUGCUCCACUGCUAUCUUGGCAUCGUGAGGCGGGUACGGGGCAGUGUCAAACGGGUCAGUGUCCUCAACUUCCACCUUCUGCACCAGCUGCCCUUCCCUGCUGCCCCACAGCCACCACGCCGGGCCCAGCGACGCCUCAGCAGCAUCUCUGUGCUGCUCCUCUGCUGUGUCUUCCUCCUGGACACCCAGCCCCUGGUGUGGGUGAGCCUGCUGGGCUUCUUCCUGCAGCCCAUGCCCCAGGCACUGCAAGCGACCAGCUGGCUGCUGCUCUGCUCACUGUCAGCAUUCAACCCACUGCUUUAUACCUGGAAGAACGAGGAGUUCAGGCGCUCCGUACGCUCAGUGUUGCCGGGAGGAGACGCUCCAGGUGUAACUGUGGCUGUGGCAGCAGCAGCCACUGCCCUCCCCACAGUGUCCCUUCCCUCUCAGGAGCUGCCACAGCUGGGUGCCAGGGUGAAGAGCAUGGGUAACCUCAUGCUUCACUGAUCCACUUGGGGAAACAUAUGGCUCCCCUGGCAAGAUUUGACAAGAUGCUGAAACAUGUAGGAGGCGUAUGAGUGCAAAUGACUCACUGAACCACAGAGCAAA